AUGGCUGCACCAUCAAUCAAAAAAGAAACAAGAUCUCAAAAGAAUACACGUCUUGAUCCAAACAAGUUGGAUGAAUGGCUCGAAACCGAACUCGUAGCAUCAGGUCUUUUACAGCCAUCAGAACAAGACACGUCAAAAAGUGACAGCAGCAACAUCGUUGUAAAGGCCGAACCCGAGGAGAUCCAUCAUUCAACAUCAAAUAACAACAAUGUGCCUAUGCCACUCACAGCUAUAUUCAAAGCAUUUGCUACAUUGACAGCACUCCAACAACCAUCAUCUAUGCAAGCUCUUUCUGCAGCUACUACUACUACCUCAUCCUCAAUCACCGACAAUACCAAAACAACCACCUCUUGUAUGCGUAACAAACGAUCUUCAUCAUCCACCAGCAGCCUUGAUUCUAAAGAUGAGAUCGCUCUUAAACGACAACGUAACACGGAUGCAGCACGUCGGUCACGGUUACGUAAAGUACAAAAGAUGGAAGGAUUAGAACGACGAGUAAAAGAGUUACAAACAUUGAAUGAACAACUGCAGCUCAAGCUUGCAGUAUUGGAGAGUGAACGUGACGCGGCCAAACGAAAACAAGACAAGUAUGAGAAACGCGUACAUGAGCUGGAGACACAACUUGCUGAAGCACACGAAGCAUUGGUGCGUCGAUGA